AUGAUAGGACCUGCGGAAUCGUCUACAGUUGGUUGCGACAUCUUCGAAUGGUACCCGCGCUAUCAAAAUUGUCAGCGAUACUUCUUGGAUGAUGCGCAACACAGCGUCCCUGUUCAAGCGCUUUCCGCUUUUCUGAACAUUCGUCUUCCAUUCCAAUGGGAAUCCAACCCGGUUGCAAGCUCGAGCUCGAGCUCGAGCUCGUCCACCAAUCACUCUUCAACAAGCGCCAACCAAACCAUGCCCCCUUCUGUCUCGCUGAUUCCUUAUAUUCGUCGCCUAGUGGCUACUGGAAUGGAUUUUCCUGGGGUGCUUCAAGGAUUCUUCGGGAACGAAUGGGCCACCGGCAUCGGCCCUCUGCACGAACAGGAGAGGCGCAAUUACCUCUUCGCAGCGAAAAGUGGGGGGUGGGCAGCUGUGAAAAAGGAUUACGAUAUUGCUCCGCUGGAGACUAUCCCAUUUUUACGCCCAUUGCAGGGUCCGCUGGAUUCAGAGAUCGAGGCCGCGGAGAGGAGCUGGAGUGAGUGGCUUGCCAUGGAGGACUGGAUGGUCGGGCCACGAGCGCCUGAUGCCCUUCGCGAUUCAUCAACAAAAACUAGGGAGCGUGCCUUUUCUUUAGCUACUCAUGUUUAA